GAGAAUACAACUUGCUACAUACAUUCAAGGAUAAUAUUUAGCGACUAUAGUUUAUAUUCGAUCGAUUUGUAGCAUGUUGCAAAAAUAGAGUAAAAAAAUUUAGAUAUUUUUUUCGAUCUUGACUUAUCGCAAGUGAACGUUAUAAAAAUCUUAUUAAUCUGUUCUUUUCCUGACUUUUUUUUCGACUUUUUUCGAGAGUUACUAUUAAUGGAUGACUGAACAUUCGGUUUUCAAAGUAUCCAAGGGGUCACUAUCUGUCGUAUGAUUGCACGUAGUACGACGAUGCCGAUUCGACUGAGGAAUUUUCCAAAGAGGUGUGUUGUGUGUGUAUUCAGAUCUAUCUACGAGUUUCGAAAUCCGUGUGAAAAGCUCGAACUGUAUCGAGUACACAUGAAACAUGCGCAGACACUCGCCAUCUGAAUUUAUAUGUUGUGUGAGAGGCAUAGUUAUACGUGUUAACAAUGCUGUUUUGUUAUGACGCUACAACGUAUCUCCUGUUCUCGCGUGUUCGAGGAACAUCUGUAAGGCUGCGAUCAUAAUUAACAGCGGUAUACAAUGUCAACGCAAUUAAGUAUGCAAGAUAAAAAGGAUUUAGAGAAGUUUACCAAGUAUCUCGCGCUGAGAGCUGCCCAAAUCAUAGUACAGUCGAGAUCGGGUCAAAAAGUCAACACCACGUGCAAGCCGGACUCGUCAGCCGGUGAUUGGUUUAAUCUGGCAAUAAAAGAACUACCAGAGGUUUCAGCUGAUGCUAAGAGAACAUUAUCUGGGGAGAUAGUAAGUUCAACUAUACCUCUAUGCAUAGAAAUUUCUUUGAAAACAGUAGAGGGUGACAAGAUGGUUUUGGAAACUUGGAGCCUUGGCAUUUUACCAGAGCAGAGUGAUCCAACUGUACGAGUAACAUAUACUGUAUAUAACAGAAUGGGGAUUUUAUUGAAAUCCUUAAUUUCUGUAUCAAGAGUUACGCCUGCUUACAAACUAAGUAGACGACAAGGACCUGAUUCUUAUACUAUGUGUUAUCGAAUAUACAUGGGAGAACCUCAACUACACAAUUUAGGUGAUAACUAUAAACAUGUAAGAGUAGGUCAAUUGUGUACUCCAGUAGGUACUAUACAUCUGUCAGUCUCUUAUAGAACAAAAAUGACUAUAUCACCCACUCACAAGGGACGAGAUUCUAUUAUGCUUAAGAGUGAUCAUUUUCAUUCAGAUUUAAGUCCACGUCACGCACGAUAUCAGCAGAGCGAGGAAACAUCAAAGUCCCUUAGUGAUACCAUUAAAGUAGGAGCAUUUGUAAUAAAUAAGCCCGUCAUUGUCAAUGAGGAGGACUUGGUGAUACCGGACGUCCCAUUCAGUUCUCUAUUAACACCUAAGCAAACAUCACCUCCUCCAAUAUCAUUAGUGGAACCUAAUAUAAAGACUACAAUGACAGCUGCUACAAUCGAUAGUAACAAUGGGAAUAACGAAAGACUUAGUAAUGAUAAUAUAGCUACAAAAUGUGUAUCUCAAAAUGGAUCUAGAAGAAGUAGUUGUUCGAUGACUAGUGCCAACGAUGAUUUUAUCAUGGUAGAUUUGGUAAUUGAUGAUCUUAAUCCGAAUAUGAUAUCACGAUAAUUUAUUAUGUUUUAUAAUAUCAAUUUUGUCUAAUAGCG